AUGUCGGACCAGGAUUCUGAAACAUCCAGCCCGAAGCAGGAGAUGCCUCACAUCCACCUGAACUCGGACCCUUUUCUCGAAACAAAUGAGGACUAUGCUCCACUGACAGGCCGGACUAUUCCUCGACCCUUGACACCACAGGGUCCCGAGCCGCAUGUGGCCGUCGGGGCCCAGGGCAUGUCGCCGUACGGCGUUGCCCAUGCCCCGGAGUCAUCAGAGUUCCUACUGCCACCUAAGCUACGGCCCACGCCUCGAGAUGAUCAGGAUCGGUCGAGAUCGCCUGAUCGCUGGUCUGCGCGGUCAGCGGCGCGGUCGAGUGUCAGCUCGAUGAGUCGGGAUAGUCGGUUUUAUUUCAAUCCGUUUGAGGAUUACUCGCGGGCGCCGAGUCGGAAUGAAAGCGAUGAGUAUGAUGUUAACACGCAGACUGUGUCAGAAAAGUUUAAUAUCAUGCCGACCGAUGGGUUGUUGCUGUUUCCUGAGGAUGUGGAGAAGGAUGAUUAUCUGCAUAAUCCCGAUCCGACGGAUCAGGACCGGGAUUGUGAUGUUUGUAAUCGUCGAGGUGUUUUGAAUGUGGGUGGGUUGGUGCUGUUGACUGUGGGAAUUUUGGUGCUCUUCAUUGGGUACCCAGUCAUAACUUGGGUGGAGGGGAUUUUGAAACCAGCUCAACUUUGCAGGGAAGGAGACUUUCUCUGUCUGGAUGUUGGAGAGACGCCUUUGUUGAGUAAUAUUCGACGAGGAUUGAUUGAUCCGGAUACUCCUGAAGAAGCGAUGACCAAGAUGAACGCCGAUGGGAAGGAAUGGAAGCUGGUGUUCUCGGACGAGUUCAAUAUGCCUGGUCGUACGUUCUACGAUGACGAUGAUCCUUUCUUCCAAGCGGUGGACCUAUGGUAUGGUGUGACGAUGGAUAAAGAGUGGUACGAUCCCGAUGCUGUCACUACAAACGAAGGCGUCAUGGAAAUCCGAUUCGACAACUUCGAAAAUCACGGCCUGCAAUACCGAUCUGGCAUGAUUCAAAGCUGGAACAAGCUUUGCUUUAAAGGUGGCCGUCUAGAAGCCAGUCUGUCUCUUCCUGGUGACGGACACAUCCAGGGUUUCUGGCCUGGUUUCUGGGCUAUGGGCAACUUGGGUCGCCCGGGUCAUGCUGCGACGACUGAUGGAAUGUGGCCGUACAGCUACCAUGAUGGUUGUGAUGCUGGAAUCACUCCCAACCAGAGUUCUCCCGAUGGCAUCAACUUCCUCCCUGGUAUGCGGCUUCCGGGCUGUGCUUGUCCUGGGUCCGAUCAUCCCAGCCCCGGCCAUGCUCGUAGUGCUCCCGAAAUCGAUGUUAUUGAAGGUAGUACUGGCCCAUUGAAUGGGGACGGCCCGUACAUUGGAAUGGCCUCGCAGUCUCUGCAAGCGGCACCUUUUGAUAUCUGGUAUAUGCCCGACUACGAUUACACUGCCGUCUACGAUCCACGUAUCACACAAAUAAAUGCCUACCGCGGCGGUAUCUACCAACAAGCCAUGUCCGGUCUCACAAACCUAAACAGCCGCUGGUACAACGGCACAGAAUACCAAAUCUUCGCCUUCGAAUACACCCCCGGAGCUACAGGAAAUGUAACCUGGUUCGUCGGCGCCGACAAAACCUGGACCCUGGAUGGGCGCGCCAUCGGUCCGAACGGCAAUAUCGGUCAACGCAUGAUCCCGCUCGAACCGAUGAGCUUGGUCAUGAAUCUGGGUAUGGCGGAUAACUUUGCGCCGCAGAAUAAGAGUAUCCGCCACUAUAUGCCUGCGUAUCUGCGGAUUGACUAUGUUCGGAUUUAUCAGGAUCCGGACGAGAUUAGUGUUACGUGUGAUCCGCCUGGGUUUGAAACGACGGGGUAUAUCGAGGCGCAUCGCAAGGCGUAUGAUAAUCAUAAUUUGACGUCUUGGGAGGAUGCUGGCUACCCGUGGCCGCAGAAUAGCUAUAUGCAUGGCUGUUAA